AUGAGAAUUGGUUCCUCUAUCCAGGAGAUGUACCAUUUUACAGAGCCGAGCGGUUGCGGGUCUGAGUUCGGAUGCUACUCUUCCGGAUGUGACGGGGAUGCGUGCGACUUUGUGAUCACGUGGUUGGACGGGGGCGGAGCGACCGUGGAUUUCUCCCUUCAUCUAAACCUGGACAAACACCCCGAGUUCCGCAACCAGUGGAUUGCACUGGGAUUGUCGUCAGAUGCAAGCAUGGGCGAUGACAGUGUGACGGAAUGUGUACAGACAGGUGACGCAGAGGCCACGCUCGCCAAGUCCUGGAACACUGGCUCUCCCCUAAACAACAUACCACUACCGGAUGCGAGCAACAAGACGGAGGGCCUAAGCGCCAUGUCCAGAACGGUGACGGACGGAGUACUCAUGUGCAGCUACUCACAGACCAAGGUCUCCACCAAACAGGAGCUGUACGACCUUAACACUGACUGGCAUCUUCUCGUGGCCACCGGCUCUUCCAGCGGGGGAUCCAAGAGCCCGCACGCCAUGGACGUUCUGCCAGCUGUGAGCCCCAGCAAGGUGGACCUGCAGUCCAAGGACAACAUAUCCGGCUCCAUCAAAUUCACACUGGUUAAGGCGCACGGUUGCAUGAUGAUCAUCGCGUGGGUGUUGUUCGCGAGUAUCGGGAUCUUCAUGGCGCGCUUCUACAAGCCAAUGUGGCCCAACAGCACACUGCUUAAGGAGAAAGUCUGGUUCACGAUCCACCGUAGCUGUAUGGUGAUGGCGUUCCUGGCGUGUGCGGCCGGCUUCGUGCUCAUCUUCGUCGAGGUCCAGGAUUGGUCCGAGUUGGAUGGUUCGAGCAGCUUUCAGCAGGCCCACCCGAUUCUCGGCGUCAUCGUUACCUUUCUCUGUGUCCUCAACCCGAUUAUGGCUGUGUUCCGGCCCCACGCUGACGGGAAGAACCGCUUCCUCUUCAAUUGGGCUCACUGGUUUGUAGGAACGAGCGCACAUAUUCUAGCCGCGUUGACAUUAAUCCUUGGCGUGACGUUGGCCAAGGCGUCUGUACCGUUCUACUGUGUGUGGGUGCUGGUGGGCUGGGCCGGAUACCAAGUCGCCAUCGUCCUCCUAAUGGAGAUGCACGAGUGUUGCGUAGCAGACAACAGGAUAAAGUACAUGAAGGACGGGGCUGUGGUGGAUCCUCGCGGUAGCGGUCUGCGACAGGUAGCGCUGGCGUUCCACGUGCUCGUCAUUGGGGCCUUCACGGUAGCCCUCGUGGUCAUCGUUGCCAUAAACUGA